GGGCACCAGAGACGGGGACUUUGGGCCGUUGACUGGACGUGUCCUCGCAAACCUUGACAUCUCAGUAGACACCACCAGCGUCAAGAUGAGGCGCUUUCUGAGCCGCAAAGGCCGCUUCUCGCUGCGCCAGAGCAAGUCUGGACCUCGCGGUGCCUCCAAAGAUUUCUUUGAUGUUCCACUCUCGAACCCUCCAAGCGGGGCGUUAUACUAUGGAGAUGAUGCUUUCCGUCAACAAAUGGGCUGUCCUCCAAUGAAUAAUCCAAUGAAUAUCAACCUGACCCUCCCGGCUACCAAUCAGAACUGGCCGGAGGAGUUUGGGUUCACUCUGGGGGGCGCGGGCCCCAGCUACAUCCUGUCUGUGAUUGAGGGCAGCAGUGCCUACCUGGCGGGCCUGCAGCCUGGGGACCAGGUGGUGGACAUCGAGGGCCAGGAGGUGUCCUCUCUCAGCACCCAGGCCCUGGUGGCCCUGGCACAGACUCUGAAGACUGUACCCCCCAGCAUCGGAGUGGUGUCACGCAUAGAACAGAUGGAAAUCAACCCAGGCCCCGACGGCCGUUUCGGCUUCACCAUCGUGGGAGACUGCCCCCUCUUGGUGGAUGACUGCCUGCCCAACUCCCCGGCGGGCCGCAGCGGCCUCCGGGCCGGUGACUACGUCAUGGAGGUCAACGGGAUCCCCGUCAAGCAUCACGAAACGGCGGCGGCCAUGAUCAAGGUGGCACAGGGACGCCCACUGCGUCUGGGCGUGCUCAGUAUGAGACGGAGGAUCAAGCGCCUCAGCCACAGUAUGAGGGAGGUGUCACUGAGCGGGGAUAGUAUCAGGCAGGACCGUGCACACAAGGCCCUGGAGUUUAACAAGAAGGUGGAGGAGGUGCUUGGUGAUGAGCCAGAUAUAAAGGAACAGCUGUUUGGUGUUCUGAAGCAGUACGCAGCCGAGCGGAACGUGGAGAACCUAGCUGAAGCCCUCCCAGACAUCUUAAUCAAUGAGGACCAUCAGCAGCUGAUUGACAGCGUCAGAAUCUUCAUCCCCAAAAAGCACCGGGAGCGCUUCGAUGACGUUGUGUCCCAGAGCCUGAUGGGCCGGCUCAAAGGGCGGAGCUUCAGCGACCCCAGCCGCAACCACCUGCGCCGAAGCCGCAGCGAGGACCACCCGGAGCGCCUGCUGGUGUCCACCCGGGCCAGCUCUGUCCCCCGAACGCAUGCCGAGGAGGGCGUGAUGCCCCCCAUCCGUGGCCUCAGGAAGACCACCUCACUCACCGCAGGGCACGCUGGCAACGCUGCAGCCCUUCGCAGGACGGUGAGAGUCUGCAAAGGGAACCUAAGUUUUGGAUUCACCCUCAGGGGCCAUGCACCUGUCUGGAUCGACUCAGUCAUCCCAGGGAGUCCAGCAGAUAAGGCGGGGCUCAAACCUGGAGACCGCAUCCUGUUCCUCAAUGGACUUGACAUGCGGAGUUGUUCCCAUGAGAAGGUCGUCUCCAUGCUACAGGGCAGCGGCGCCAUGCCCACCCUGGUCGUGGAGGAAGGACCCCCCACCUUCACGCUACCUGAGCCAGAGCAGCCAGGAGGGCCAGGUAGGGCGUCCCCGGGUGGAGGCGUGCCCCGCUCCCCAGUGCUCAACUCCCUGCAGUGGGUGGCUGAGAUCCUGCCUCCCUCUAUCAGGGUCCAGGGGCGCACCUUCGGGCAGCAGCUGGAGCACCUGCUCACCAUCCAGGAGAGAUACACCAUCUGCAAGGCCCUGGAGAGCUUCUUCCAGCAUAGGAAUGUUGACACUCUGAUUGUGGACGUGUUCCCGGUGUUGGACACGCCAGCCAAGCAGGUGAUCUGGCGGUUUGUCUACCAGCUUCUGACCUAUGAAGAGCAGGAGCACUGCCAGAGCAAGAUUUCACGUUUCCUCGGUUACAAGGCUGCAGCGCCAGCCCCCCCACCUGAGCCAGAGCCCGCCCCCGAGCCCCAUCGCCGUAGCAGCUCCAUGAGAGUGACAGGAACCGCCUACAGGGCCAGCAUGCGUGGGCGGAGCUCUGACGACCUCAUCAUCGGCACUCACCUGGGGAUGGGGAUCCGUACUGAUCCAGUAGAGAUGGGGAUGAGGCUGGCUCCAGGAGAGAGACAGUCAGGAGACGGGACGUCCCUCCCAGAGACCCCCAACAACCUCACCAACCUGUCUGCGGUGUAUGCUGAGCUGGAGAACGUGUACUCAGGGAAGAGGUCCAAGUCUCUGAAGGCUCGCGCUCCUCCUCCGGCGGACAGUCUGGUAGAGCUGGAGGUCCUCGAACACGCAGGCUCUCCGUCCAUGCACGCUAACACAGGUAGCCGUAAGGGCCCCCCACCACCUCCCUCCGCCUGGCAGGAGCCCCUCCCUAGCCCCCCUGCCCCGGUCCAGUUCUACCCCCCAGGUCUCACCUCCCAGACCAGUGCCGAGUCCAACCCCUACAUCAGCCUAGACAGCCCCCCUCCCUCGCCCCCCGACUACCCUGCCAGCCCACCCUCCCACGCCCGUCUCAAUAAGAGGCGCUACACUUUCUCUCAUCCGCCGCGCUCCUCUGAUACAGACCGGUUCCUGGACGCACUGAGCGAACAGCUGGGUCAGAGGGUCGCCAUUGUAGACGACUUCCUGUCACCCGAAAACGACUACGAGGAGGAUGUUGUCCAGAUGAGCUUCCCAGAUGAUGAGGAUGAGGAUGAGGAUGAGGAGGUGGAGGUGGAUGAUGAAGAUGGAGAUGGGGGUUUCAUAAUACCCCCUGAGCUGAGCAGCCCCAGCGAGUGCCAGGGCAGCAGCGGAGAGGACGCCUCUUCCCUCACCUACUCCUCCUCCUCCGAACACAUACCCCCUCCCCUGACUCCCCCGCCACCUCCGCCCAUCCAAUUCAAUGAUCCUCCUCUACCCCCAAGCUAUACCGCCACCCCUGAACAGUCUCCCAGAAUACAACUGCCUUUCCGCCGCCACCAAGGGCCACCUCCGCCCCCUCCUCCUCGCUCCAACCCACCGCCCAAACGCCAGUCCAUUCACAAGGUGCUUCCCACCCGGGAGGACCUGCUAGCCCACUCUGCAAUGCAGGAACAAAAUGCGUACCAGGAGCAACAAGCUUACCAGGAACAACAAGCUUACCAGGACCAACAAGCUUACCAGGACCAACAAGUGCAACAAGCGUACCAGGAGCGACAAGUGUACCAGGAGCAACGAGCAUUCCAGAAGCAACAAGCGUUUCAGGAACAAAAAGCUUACCAGGAGCAACAAGCACAACAAGCGCACCAGGAGCGACAAGCACAUCAAGCGCACCAGGAGCGACAAGCAUUCCAGGAGCAACAAGCACAUCAAGAACAACAAGCGUUACAGAAGCAUCAAUCAUACCAGGAGCAACAAGCGUACCAGGAGCAAAGUAUUUACCAGGGGCACCAGUCACUGCCUGCCCAGUCCUCGCACAAAGCACACCCUCUGCAGCAGCUUCACCAGUCCCUGCCCCCCCUCCCCUCUCCAGAGGCAGCCCACACCCAUCCAGACCUCCCAAACCACCCAGAACCCUCACUCUACCAGAUGCACCAAGCUCAACAACAGACGCGUCGUCAGAGCCGACGUCAGUCUCACUCAGCCACAUCACCUCACAAUCCCCCAGCCCAUUCCCCUGUCCAUCCAGAUCAACAGAGUCAGUACUCGGAGGCAAUCUAUCAGAGUAUUCAUACACAGUCACAUCACUCAUCCAUGGAGCGCCUUCAGCAAGCUCAUCAGGUCCAGCAGCACCACUCCUCCAUGGAGCUCCUUCACCAAGCUCAGCAGGUCCAGCAGCACCACUCCUCCAUGGAGCUCCUUCACCAAGCUCAUCAGGUCCAGCAGCACCACUCCUCCAUGGAGCUCCUUCACCAAGCUCAGCAGGUCCAGCAGCACCACUCCUCCAUGGAGCUCCUUCACCAAGCUCAGCAGGUCCAGCAGCACCACUCCUCCAUGGAGCUCCUUCACCAAGCUCAGCAGGUCCAGCAGCCCCACUCCUCCAUAGAAUUCCUUCACCAAGCUCAGCAGGUCCAGCAGCACCACUCCUCCAUGGAAUUCCUGCACCAAGCUCAACAAGACCAGCAGCACCACUCGUCCAUGGAGCUCCUUCACCAAGCUCAUCGGGUCCAGCAGCACCACUCCUCCAUGGAACUUCUUCACCAACCUCACCACUCAUCCACAGAGCUCCUUCACCAAGCUCAUCAGAUCCAGCAGCACCUCUCAUCCACGGAGCUCCUUCACCAAGCUCAUCAGAUCCACCAAGAUCAGCCUGCAUCACUACCCGUACAUCUGGAUCAGGAGAUCCACCAGUCUCUUCAGAGCCAUCAGACUCACCCAUCUUCCCAGGCCAGCCACCAGGGUCAACAGACUCGUCAAUCUCUCAAGUCUCAUCGCACUCACCAGCCAUCCCCCCAGCGUCCCCACUCCAUCCAGCAGACUUACCACCACACUCCCCAGAUCCAGCACAUCCACCACCAGGUCCCUCCCCAGCCCACUCAGCCAGAGCUCCAUCAGAUCCACCUAAUCCACCAGCCCAUCCAGCAGCGCCACCACCCCCAGCCCACCCUGUCCACCUUCCAGCCCCUUCCACCCCACCAGCCCACCCUGUCCACCUUCCAGCCUCUGCCCCAACACCAACCCCACCAAACCCACCAGGUCCACCCCUCCAACCAGGGUCGUCCUCAGUCCCAGCCUUCUCAGCGGCUAUUCAGUCAAUCCCAGUCUCACCACCACUCCCACUCCCACCACCAGCCCCAACCUCAGCCUAAGCAGCAUUCCCAGUCCCAGAAUAACUUGGACCAGUUGGGGAAACAGGAGCCCCCUCCUCCUCCGCCCCUGCCCCCUCCUGGAACCCCUCCUCCGCUGCCUCGCCCAGGCCUUCCGAGGAUGGACUCCAAUCAUAUGAGUGUAAAGAGGCUGCGCUGGGAACAGGUGGAGAACUCUGAGGGCACCAUCUGGGGACAGUUGGGGGAGGAUUCGGAUUAUGACAAACUGAAUGACAUGGUGAAGUAUCUGGAUCUGGAACUGCACUUCGGGACACAAAAGAACCCCAUUUCUCUUCCAGACCCAUCCCCUCAGUCGGAGACAUUCAAGAAGAAAGACGUAGUUGAGAUUCUGUCCCAUAAGAAGGCCUACAACGCAUCCAUCCUGAUUGCCCACCUGAAGCUGUCCCCGGGCGAACUACGCCAGGUGCUGAUGACCAUGGCCACAGAGCGGCUGGAGCCGACCCACAUCAAGCAGUUGCUGCUGUACGCCCCCGAUGCAGAGGAGGUCAAGCAGUAUGAACAGUACAGCGAGGACCCAGCCAAACUCAGCGAGCCUGACCAGUUUGUACUACAGAUGCUGUCAGUACCAGAGUACAAGACUCGUCUGAGAAGCCUCCACUUCAAAAGCACCCUGCAGGAGAAGACAGAGGAGAUGAGGGGCGGCUACGACUGCAUAUACAACGCCUCCAUGGAGCUCAAGACCAGCAAGAAACUGGCCAAGAUACUGGAGUUUGUGCUGGCGAUGGGGAACUAUCUGAACAACGGUCAGCCUAAGACUGGCAACAAAACCACCGGGUUUAAGAUCAACUUCCUCACUGAGCUCGGCACCACAAAAACAGUGGAUGGGAAAUCUACAUUUCUGCACAUCCUUGUCAAGUCACUGUGUCUUCACUUUCCCAACGUCCUGGAUUUUGCCAAGGACCUCACCACGGUUCCCCUGGCAGCCAAAGUGAACCAGAGGACCAUCACAUCUGACCUGAACGACCUUCACACCACUAUCCAGGACAUCCGAUCUGCCUGCCAGAAAAUGCCUGCUACAGCAGAUGACCGCUUCGCUGCAGUCAUGAGUGGCUUCCUGGAGAACAUCCACCCAGCACUACAGUCUCUGGAGUCCCUGCAGCAGAGGGCCAUGGAGGAGUGGUCCAAGACAGCCUCCUUCUUCGGAGAGGACAGCCAAGCCACCAACACAGAGUCGUUCUUUGGGAUAUUCACUGAGUUCCUCGCCAAGUUUGAGAGAGCUCUUAGUGAGAACCAGGCCAAUGAGAACCCUCCUAGGAGUCCCAGGAGCCCAAGAAUGGCCUCACCCCUGGCCUGGUGAUCAGAGAGACAGGAAGAAGGGUUGGCAGGCAGGCAGACAGGCAGGCAGGCAGACAGGCAGACACACACACAGUCUCUAUCUCUCUCACACACACACGGACAGGAGCGCAUGCGAAAAUCCGCAUACAUGCACAAACACAUACACACAAACGCACUCAUAGCAUUUCAAUUUUUGUCAUUCAAGAAAUGUAUAUUGUGGGAAUUAGGUUGUCUGCAGAGUUGUGCAUACAGGGCUUUAAUACGUGACAGUGUAGUUUGAAUGUCCAGCUAGUUUAACACCUCAAACUCUGUAUAUUUCAUGGCUAUAGAGUGUUCCUCUGGAACAGACAAAUUCAGCUAUACUGGAUCAAUGGUUUUGCUUUUUAUAUAUUUGUAAAUAAAAAUGUUAUACCAUUUAUAGAAAUGAAAAGAUUCAUGAAAAGGAAUAGGAAAGAGACUGACAUCAGUAACUAUUUGAACCCAGCUGUCUGAUAUACUGUAUAUGAAUGUAUGAUACAAUUAUAGGCUAGAAAGAUGAAGGCUACAGAACAUGAUCAGCAAUGGGAAACAGAAUACUGGAUCGUUUUGAGAGACAUACAGAUUUAAACUAUUAUUGCUAAAAACAUGUAUUUGAUACUUCAGCAGUUAAAAGAGAUGACUGAAUGUCUGUGUCAAUGUGUCUGAUUUGAGAAUUAAAUGUGUAUUAUAUAUUGUACCACUAAAAUAUAACUGUAAUGAUAUAUGUAAUACAGGAUAUACAUAUUUAAGUAGUCACUUAUGAAAUGCUUUCCAAUAAUUUACAUUUUUGAAAUGAUUUACCUGUUCCAUAUUUUUGUAAGCCACCCACCACACUGAAUGUAUUUACAAGUUAUUCAUUUUGAAUGAAGUGUGUCUUGUACGAUAUCCAGUGGAUACUCAUUACUACUAAAGAAAAGGAAUGUUAUGAAAUGAAAACACAUUGUGCUGUUAACUAUCUGUUCCUCUCCGUCUCUGAUUGUGUUGAUACUGACCUGCUGUCAACGGGCAGUGUUCUAUUAUGAACAGUAGGAGGAUUUGUUACAUUUUCAUGAUCAUUUCUGCAUACUGCACCUUCACUUUAACCUCUAGAAUUCAAUGAGGGGACACACUACUUUCUUGAAGCACAUUACUUAAAGGGAUAGUUCACACAAAUGAGAAAAAUGACAUUUUGGUUUCCUUACCCUGUAAGCAGUCUAUGGCCAAGGUACGAUGGCAAUCCAAGCUUUGGUUACGUUUCCCUGGCACUGUUCCCUGGCACUGUUCCCUGGUACUGUUCCCUGGCAUUGUUCCCUGGCACUGUUCCCUGGUACUGUUCCCUGGUACUGUUCCCUGGUACUGUUCCCUGGCAUUGUUCCCUGGCACUGUUCCCUGGCACUGUUCCCUGGCACUGUUCCCUGGCACUGUUCCCUGGCAUUGUUCCCUGGCACUGUUCCCUGGUACUGUUCCCUGGCACUGUUCCCUGGCAUUGUUCCCUGGCACUGUUCCCUGGCACUGUUCCCUGGCACUGUUCCCUGGCAUUGUUCCCUGGCACUGUUCCCUGGCAUUGUUCCCUGGCACUGUUCCCUGGCACUGUUCCCUGGCACUGUUCCCUGGCAUUGUUCCCUGGCACUGUUCCCUGGUACUGUUCCCUGGCACUGUUCCCUGGCAUUGUUCCCUGGCACUGUUCCCUGGCACUGUUCCCUGGCACUGUUCCCUGGUACUGUUCCCUGGCAUUGUUCCCUGGCACUG